AUGGUUAAGACUUCAGUCCUCAACGAUGCGCUCAAUGCCAUCAACAACGCCGAGAAGUCCGGAAAGCGACAGGUCCUGAUCCGUCCCUCCUCCAAGGUCAUCGUCAAGUUCCUCAGUGUCAUGCAAAAGCACGGUUACAUUGGCGAGUUCGAGGAGGUCGAUGAUCACCGAUCUGGCAAGAUUGUCAUCCAAUUGAACGGCCGUCUCAACAAGACUGGUGUCAUCUCCCCAAGAUACAACGUCCGCCUCGGUGAGCUCGAGAAGUGGGUUGUCAAGCUUCUCCCAUCGCGUCAAUUCGGUUACAUCGUCCUCACCACCUCUGCCGGUAUCAUGGACCACGAGGAGGCCCGUCGCAAGCACGUUGCCGGAAAGAUCAUUGGUUUCUUCUACUAG